AACACGCGACUCGAGUGGCGCCACCAAACGGGAAAUGGGUCAGGGGCUGAGUUGCGGAGAGGCACGGGAGAGUAGUGGUGGUCUGUUUGGGGCGGUGGAGAAUGGGGAGCUGGAGUUGGUUGAGGAUAUGGUGGAAGCUGACCCAAGAGUUUUGGAGCUGAGAAGAGGCCAUGGGAAGCUCUCUGCUUUGCAUGUGGCUGCUGCUAGUGGUCGGAUCGAGGUGCUUUCGAUGCUUUUGGAUCGGUCUGUUAGUCCUGAUAUAGUGAAUCGCCAUAAGCAGACUCCGCUGAUGUUGGCUGCAAUGCAUGGCAAUAUUGCUUGCGUUAGAAAGCUUAUCCAAGCAGGAGCAAAUAUAUUGAUGUUUGACUCAUUAAAUGGAAGAACUUGCCUGCAUUAUGCUGCUUACUAUGGCCAUUCAGAUUGCCUCCAAGCCUUUCUUUCCGCCGCACAAUCCACCACAGUCGCAAAUUCUUGGGGAUUUGCGAGAUUUGUGAAUAUUAGAGAUGGAGGUGGUGCAACCCCAUUGCACUUGGCUGCCCGACAAAGCCGGGCAGAGUGUGUGCAUGUUCUUCUGGAUAGUGGGGCACUUGUUUGUGCUUCAACUGGUGGAUACAGCUACCCUGGAAGCACUCCACUUCAUUUAGCGGCUCGUGCUGGUUCUUUAGAUUCUAUUCGAGAGUUGCUUGCUUGGGGAGCAGAUCGGCUUCAUUUAGAUUCAUCAGGGAGAAUACCUUACCUGGUUGCUCUGAAGCACAAGCAUCAAGCAUGUGCAGCGAUACUGAACCCUUCAUCAGCAGAGCCUCUUGUCUGGCCAUCACCAUUGAAGUUCAUCAGCGAACUCAAUCCAGAAGCUAAAGCUUUGUUGGAGAGGGCGUUAAUGGAAUCAAACAUGGAGAGGGAGAAAGCUAUCUUGAAGGAGAUAGUCUCCAUUCCAUCUCCUUUGCAUUCAGAUGUAGAGGCUGAUGAUUAUGCCUCUGAGGCCAGCGAUGUGGACCUAUGCUGCAUAUGCUUUGAUCAGUUAUGCACAAUUGAGGUUGGGCCAUGCGGCCAUCAGAUGUGUGCUCAUUGCACCCUUGCUCUGUGCUGCCACAAGAAGCCCGACCCUUCAUCUAUAUCUUGCCCUACAGUCCCUGUUUGCCCCUUUUGUCGAACCAGCAUCACCCAACUAGUUGUUGCCAAUAUCAAGGCCAACAAUGAUGUGGAGGUGGAAAUGAGUCCCUCGAAGCCGAGGAAAUCAAGAAAGUCUAAUGUUAGUGAAGGCAGCAGUAGCUUCAAGGGCUUGUCGCCUUUGGGAUCAUUUGGAAGAUUGGGUGGUCGCAGUUCAGCAAGGGUAUCUGCUGAAUGCAAUGAAGACAUCAAGCCUUGACAAGUGCAGCUAUGGAGCAUGGACUUGUCCUUUCUCUGAACAAUCAAGCAGAUGGAACUAGCUUUCUUGAGUUUGCUUGAGGAGCUAGACCAUCACUGGUAUGAACAUCUUACUUACCUUUUGGAGGUCUUAAGUGCUAUAAGCAUAUGAGAAUAUGUAUGUCCUUUGGGGCGCACCAAGUCUGCAGUUUUUUGCUUUCUUGAGUCGGGUUUAGUCUGCUUUUCUUUACAUUAAAGAAGCAGCAAAACUCAAGGGUUUGUCACCCAAUUAUAAAUAUAAUUCUAUAUCAUAUAAAUAAAAUGUCAUUUAUCUUCCCCUC